UGAUUUUAGUACUGGGAAAAAAUAUGCAAAAAUUCUUGAUCCUAAUGAUCCUAAUGAUAAUGAUUCAUCUGAUAUAAUAAUAGAAUGUGAUAAAGACAUAAACUGUUAUUCUAAAGUUUUUGUUGCCACAAAUAAUUUCCAAGAAGUGAAAGGAGGACAAUCAAUACCUCCAGGACUUCAUGUUAAAAUUGAUUUUAGUACUGGGAAAAAAUAUGCAAAAAUUCUUGAUCCUAAUGAUCCUAAUGAUAAUGAUUCAUCUGAUAUAAUAAUAGUUGAUCCAAUAGAACCAAACAGCAAUAACAACAAUGACAAUAUUAAAGAUGACGAUCAUGCGAAUGAUAAGAAAUCCCAAAGCUCAAAUAAUGUUCCACAUUCGGACCAUAUUCUUUUUGAUGAAUAUGUUUCUCAAUUAGAAAAACCUACUUCACAUCCCUUAACAAUUUUAAUAUCUGUUUUGGAUGGAUUAGAGGAUUUGGUUCAUGAACUUGAUUUUGGUAUAAAAUUGACUAAAGAAUUUGGAUUAAAGUAUUUGAUUUCACUUUUAAAUUUUGAUUCAGAUGAAGUCAAACAAAAGGCUGCUAUGGUUAUUGGUACUGCAUUGCAGAAUAAUCCAUCAGCACAAAACAAUGCGAUUAAUUUAAAUCUUUUUCCAUAUUUAUUGGAUAAAUUUUCUAAAGAAAAUAAUCUUAAAGUUUCUUCACGUCUUCUAUAUGCAUUAUCAAGUUUAGUGCGUGGUAAUGAGUAUGCAAUACAAUUCAUCAAAAAUAACCAAGGGUUAGAAACAUUGACAAAUGUCUACACAAAAUUUGAUGACAAUGAAUUUAAAGCAAAAUUUGCUGUAUUUAUAUCAGAUUUUAUAGAUCCCAAUAUGGUUAAAUCAACUUCUACUACUUCUUUACCAUCUUUUAAUGUAGCUCACGUUGAUCAAAAUCAAGAUCAAGAUUCAUUAACAUUAUUUUCAACAUUGAUGGAAACUCUGUGUAAAAAAUUUCAAGAUACUUUAUUUGAUGAUCAAGGAAAUGCUAAAAAUGUUGAUUUCAAUUCACGUGAGAAGAUACUUGGAGGAAUCUCAAUGAUAAAAAGUUAUUAUUCAAAUAUGUGUCCUGCACAAAAUGGAUUUGAGAUUUGGUUAUCAAAACAACAAAUUAUUUCAAAUAUUAAAGAUGAUGAAGGUUCUUAUGAUUUAGAAGAUUAUUCUCGUCUAAUAAAACAAAUUAAAAUUCAAUAUGAUUUAAAAUAA